AUGCGCUAUACAGAACAUGAUUCCAGCUCCUCUGUCUCUCCCGAUCUGCCUCCAGAACCCGGUCCCUCGAAGCCCACGAACGGCCAUACCUCUAAUGGUGUUUCAGGACCAUCUGCUACUAACGGUACCCUCAAGCACGCGACCAAGUCUUCACCGCCGAGAGUCAGCCUUCCUGGGACGACAUUAUACGAGGACUCGAAUAUUGAUCGCGAGGAGUUUAUCAGAUUGGUCAUUCAGAGCUUGCGGGAUGUUGGUUAUACCGAGUCGGCAACAGUGCUGGAGGCGGAGUCGGGGUACGUCAUGGAAACGCCAGAGGUUGCACAAUUUAGGACAUGUAUCGUGGAUGGUCGGUGGGCAAUAGCGGAGAAGGCACUCACUGCUCUGGGCGUAACGGAGGAGGAAGGACUAUUGGAUGCAAAAUUUUUGAUUAGCCAACAGAAAUAUCUGGAGUACCUAGAAGCCGGAAACACGACUGGAGCAUUACACGUUCUCAGAAAUGAGAUCGCCCCGAUACAAAGCAAUCCCGAACACCUCCUUCCAUUAUCUAGUCUUUUGAUGUGCACAGACGCUGCUGAUUUAAGACAACGAGCUGUCUGGGAUGGCGCCACAGGGUCAUCACGGAGACGACUCUUAGUAAAUCUCCAACAGUAUAUCCCCUCAUCCAUCAUGGUUCCUCCUCGCCGUUUCUCCACCCUCCUCGACCAAUCGCGGUCACAUCAGAUCUCACGCUGUCUUUAUCACAACGCCCCUCCCAGCUCGCGCAACUUUUCGCUGUACAGCGAUCAUCGAUGUGAUAAAGAUAUGUUCCCUCGGGAUACUGUUGCUAUCCUGCAGGUGCAUAGUGAUGAAGUUUGGACAAUGGAGUGGAGCCACAGUGGCAAGUUACUAGCUUCUGCGAGCAAGGACCAGACUGUCAUCAUCUGGUCCAUAGGCGCCGAACCGGACCCAUCAUCACGAACAUAUGAACAUGCGUUAACUCUACGCGAUCAUCCAUUUCCUGUAGGCUGCCUCGCAUGGUCAUUAGAUGACUCGAUAUUACUGUCUUCUGCGGAGCAAUAUAUCAAGAUGUGGAAUACAAAGACUGGCAUUUGUAUUCGCACUCUCGAUGCACAUACGGAGACGGUGUCUGCACUGGCCUGGGUACCAGAUGGCUCAGGAUUUCUUUCAGGUUCACAGGAUCGCAAGAUCAUCCUUUGGGGCUCAGAUGGUCGGCAACGUGAUUCAUGGGGAAUCACUUCAAUCCGGGUGACUGACCUCGCCGUUACUCCCGACUUCACACGUUUGGUGGCGGUCGGCGUCUCCGCGACGAGUUCACUCGCUGGCAAUGCGACACCAUCUGGAAGAGGGGAUUCGACCACACCGCCGGGCGCAGGCGGUAGGACUAGUACGAACGGGUCCGGGGCGCAGGUAGGGGAGCAUCAGAUGAUCGUGUAUGAUUUAGCUACGAAGCAGCCGGAAGUUUCGGUUUCGCUCGUUGGCCAGCUCACGAGCGUGAAGAUCUCCGACGACUCGCAGUACGCGCUCAUCAACCAUGCGCCGGACGAGAUCCAUUUAUGGGACAUCUCAACUGGCCGUAUGGCCCGCAAGUACACCGGUCAACGUCAAGGUCGUCACAUCAUCCGCAGCUGUUUCGGUGGAGUCGAUGGAAACUUCGUGGUCAGUGGAAGUGAAGACGGGAAUGUGUAUGUGUGGCACCGUGAGCGGGGUAUUCUGCUCGAUAUCCUCCAAGGUCACGGCCCCGGCAGCGUGAAUUCUGUCGCGUGGAAUCCACGGAACAAACGAAUGUUUGCUUCUUGUUCUGACGACUGCACGAUACGAAUAUGGGAGGCCCUUCCUCAGGACCAUACAUAUACCGGCGCUUCGUCGUCGAACGUUCUGAAUCCCAGAUUACUGGAGCACGAGGGCACUGGUGGAGGUAGCAGCAGUGCGGAUCAUAGUGGGAAGGGCAAGGGAAAGAGACGAGAACCUUGGGACGAGGAUUAG